AUGGCCAGCCACUCUCACGACGGCGGACCUUCUCACUCUCACUCCCAUGAUCACACAAACGGGGCGAACCAUGGCCACACGCAUGAGAUCCUCGACGGGCCGGGCUCAUAUCUGCACCGCGAAAUGCCCAUAGUGGAGGGCCGCGACUUUAGCGAUCGCGCGUUCACAAUCGGGAUUGGUGGGCCAGUCGGGUCAGGAAAGACAGCGCUGAUGCUCGAGCUCUGUCUGGCCCUCCGGAAGGAAUACAAUAUCGCGGCCGUGACAAACGACAUCUUUACAAGGGAGGACGCCGAGUUCCUGACGAAGCACGGCGCGUUAACGCCGGAGAGGAUCGUGGCGAUAGAAACGGGAGGAUGUCCGCACGCCGCCGUCCGCGAAGACAUAUCCGCCAAUCUCCUCGCGCUCGAGGGCCUCCACGCAAAAUUCCAGACCGACCUGCUCCUGAUCGAGAGCGGCGGCGACAACCUCGCGGCAAACUACUCGCGCGAGCUGGCCGAUUUCAUCAUCUACGUUAUCGACGUCGCCGGCGGGGACAAGGUGCCCCGCAAAGGUGGCCCGGGCAUCACGGGCUCGGACCUGCUCGUGAUCAACAAGUGUGAUUUGGCCGACGCUGUGGGCGCGGACGUCGAUCUGAUGGAGCGGGAGGCGAACAAGAUGCGCGAGGGCGGGCCCGUCGUGAGGGCCGUCAUCAAGAACGGCGUGGGCGUCCACGAGACGGUCGAUUUGAUCCUGUCCGCGUGGAAGAGCACCGCGGGCUAUCAGCGAAGCAAGGAGCAGUGGGCCGAGGGUGUACCGAGAGGAAGCGGCGAGCAGCCUGCGGUGAACAGGUAUACUAGUGUAUUCGCUGGUUCAAGGUAA